AUGGCCAAUGUCCACAUACAGGACCAGAUCGAGCGAGAAAGAGAGAGGCGAAUCCAGGUCAGUACCUGGACACCAGGCGGCGUCGGCUGCCGGCAGCUACGAUGGCGCGGCGGGGCGGCCUGGACGGCGGCGGCGCCGCUAGCCGGGGGCGGGCGCGCAUGCGGCCUGGGCACGGCCGGAGGCGGGCGCGCGUGCGUCCUGGGCGCGACCGGAGGCGGGCGCGCGUGCGGCGGACCUCCGGCGUCUGCUGCCCGGCAGCUACGACGGCGCGGCGGGGACGGCCUGGACAGCAGCAGCUUGGCCGGGGGUGGCCUGGACGGGGGCGGUGCGGCCUGGUCUGGGGCGGCGCGGCGGCAGAGAUCGGGCGGAGGUGGUGGCGGCGGCGGGGAUCGGCUGGAGGCGUCGUGA